ACAUUGAAUGGGGAGACGGAGCGCGAGCGAGGCGCGCGCGCGCACACACGCGCACACAGGGCCCCGCUCGCUCCGAGAUCCCCGGCCACGUAAGUAACUAUUAAUACCGCCUCGCCGGGAGUUGCGGGCGUGCUGAGCUCGGGGAUUGGCCUCGGGCACCGUUGGCCAUCCCCUUCAAUUUUAAAUACACAUUCUUCUUACCUCUGGGGAAGAAAGAAAAAAAAAAAAAGACGAAGAAGAAAAGCCAUCAAUUUUCUCCAAAACAAACCCCACCGGGCAAUUUAGGUUUAGGGUCGGGGGAGACGGAGUGGUUGUAAAUUAUUCCAAGGCAAGAUCCAGUUAUCCAGCGGGAAAGGAACGUCGCAGGUUGGCUGGGGGCUCAUCCCCUUCCAGCGCCCGGAGGAACCCCCACCCCCCCGGAAGCUCGUGCCGGGGGCAUCGGAGACCACGGAUCUACCCGCGUCCCUGGCCGCAGUUCUCGCUUUAUUCGGAGGACGAUCUGGAGCACGAGUGAGCAGCGGCAGCAUGAGCCUGUGCUGAUCUCCGCCGGGCGGGCCAACCUGGGCUUUGUCGCGGUACCUGCGCCCGGCCCGCGCCGCAACUCUUGUGCCCAGCUUUUGCAAUCUUUUGUUGGCAGCGCUGACCGCUCUAAGUUAAAUGCUCCCUUGCUAUUCUUCCCACCCCCCCUCCUUUUUUUUUUGUCUGUUUGUUUAAAUUUUGGAGAGCUCUUGCGAUCCUUGGAAAAGCCUCAGACGCCAUCUACAGUUAAAACGUAGGUAACUACCCUCUCCGGCGUCCCCCCCCCCUUCCACGCCCCCCACCCUUUCCACCAAAAAAGGGGGUGCAGCGCGGAUUCUGUCUGCCGUGCGGCGCGAGCCGGUAGCCCCGUGCUUAUUUCCUUUUCCUUUUUGUUUGGUUUCUAACGCGUGGAGACCGGGCUGCGGCCGCGCGCGGCUCGAAGAUCGCGUAAACUACAGCAGGGCUCCCCCGCCCCGUCUGCGAUUCGGAAGCCUGCGUGGGGAUCGCUUCGGGAGACCUGGCGCUGCAGCUCCCCACCUUAGCAAUCUGGUCGCUCGUCUAGAUCCGCGCUGGAAAGAGAGAAAGAAAGAGAGAGAAACUAAAAGUGCGGAGAUUCUGCAAAUCGCCGGCUGCUUUGGGGUAACAAAAGGACCCGAAUUACUGCCGACUGAGCACCCCCGGGAGCCGGGCUCGGAGCCGACAAGGUGCCUGGCGGCGCCCAUCUGGGGGCUUCCAACUCUUUUCUCUACGUAGCCCCCUUCCCGUCCCCUCCCCUCUCGUUCCGUUUUAAAAUCCGUGGCACGGAGGCGCCUGCAGCCGCGCUCGCCGGCGACUCAUCUCUCCAGCGGGUUUUUUGUUUGCCGAGUGCGAUCCCCACACUCAUGAACAUACACAGGUCUACCCCCAUCACAAUAGCAAGAUAUGGGAGAUCGCGGAACAAAACCCAGGAUUUCGAAGAGUUGUCUUCUAUAAGGUCCGCCGAACCCAGCCAGAGUUUCAGCCCGAACCUCGGCUCCCCGAGCCCGCCCGAGACUCCGAACUUGUCGCAUUGCGUUUCUUGCAUCGGGAAAUACUUAUUGUUGGAACCUCUGGAGGGAGACCACGUUUUUCGUGCCGUGCAUCUGCACAGUGGGGAGGAGCUGGUGUGCAAGGUGUUCGAUAUAAGCUGCUACCAGGAGUCCCUGGCCCCGUGCUUUUGCCUGUCUGCCCACAGCAACAUCAACCAAAUCACCGAAAUCAUCCUGGGAGAGACCAAAGCCUAUGUGUUCUUUGAGCGAAGCUAUGGGGACAUGCAUUCGUUUGUCCGCACCUGUAAGAAGCUGAGGGAGGAGGAGGCAGCCAGACUGUUCUACCAGAUCGCCUCGGCCGUGGCCCACUGCCACGAUGGGGGGCUGGUGCUGCGGGAUCUAAAGCUGCGGAAAUUCAUCUUUAAGGACGAAGAAAGGACUCGGGUCAAGCUGGAAAGCCUAGAAGACGCCUACAUUCUGCGGGGAGAUGAUGACUCCCUCUCCGACAAGCACGGCUGCCCGGCUUAUGUGAGCCCAGAGAUCUUGAACACCAGUGGCAGCUACUCGGGCAAAGCAGCUGACGUGUGGAGCCUGGGCGUGAUGCUCUACACCAUGUUGGUAGGGCGGUACCCUUUCCAUGACAUUGAGCCCAGUUCCCUCUUCAGCAAGAUCCGACGUGGCCAGUUCAACAUUCCAGAGACUCUGUCGCCCAAGGCCAAGUGCCUCAUACGAAGCAUCCUGCGGCGGGAGCCCUCAGAGCGGCUGACCUCGCAGGAAAUUCUGGACCAUCCUUGGUUUUCUACAGAUUUUAGUGUCUCAAAUUCAGGAUAUGGUGCUAAGGAAGGGUCAGACCAGCUGGUGCCGGAUGUCAACAUGGAAGAGAACUUGGACCCUUUCUUUAACUGAGCUCGUGCCCCACAGAGACUUAGCAGGUACCAGGAGCGAGAGAGGGCCACGGAGAGUCCUUCCAGGGGACACGGAUCGUCUGGCUUGGUAGCAAGAAAGACACUGACACUCAAGUUUCUCGAUUCACAGAAGGAGAACCUUCAAGGAGCUGACUGAACAUGGAGCAUGGGCGCGAGAGACGCGGGGUGGGGGUCUGGGGUCGGGUCUGUGGGGCGGGUGCCCCGGAGCUUCUCUUCCCUGACGUAGCCCCCCUAGAGAAGCCCCGGUCCGUUGGGCUGCUUCUGCCUACCCCACUUUUCAUUUGUUCCAGAAUAGUUGCAGAGCCCAACAGAAUCAAAACUCUCUGCCUCAACACACAUCUUGGCAUCGCACUGUUAGCUUUUAACUUCUUGUCACGAUUCAGGGAAGGUACAAUGGGCCAAGGAUUUUUUUCUUUUCUUUUCUUUUUCUUUUUCUUUCUUUUUUUUUU